GGAGCCAGCUGGGGAGCACCAGCCGCCACUGCUGCUGGGAUCCCUGGUCUCUGACCUCUGUCCAGAUCCGCCCACGUUGGGGCCAUAAAGCCCGAGGAACCGGCGGAAGGAGCAGAGCAGAUCUGAGUCACUGGAUCCAGUUACUUGGAUCUGAACUAUCGGUCCCCGAGAGCACCGUCUACACUGGGAAGAGGACCUCAUCAUGAGGAGGCUCUUCCUGGUCGCCUGGCUGGUGGUUCUGCUGGUGCUGCAGGAGGUGGGCUCGGCUUCCUUGGCCCAGGGCCUCGUCAGGACCGACGGCAAAGUCGGGGCCCCUGAGCAGGACCCAGAGGGGGCCCGGGGAGCCCACAUGCUGGAGACGCUGAAACACGACAACCAGCCCACGGGUCUCCUCGUGGCCCCAAAGCUGGCAGCUGCCACGUGGGCGACAUGGCAAGGUCAAGGCUCCGAGGCCCAGGCGGGGGCGGAGGGCACCUGGGGCCGUGCCCCCAGCUGGGACCCUGAGCCGGACCGCGACAGCCUGUACCACCCCCUGCCCGAGGAGGCCCAGGGCCCGGCGCGGCUCUGGCCGUGGGUGCUCCCACCUCAGCAGGUGCUUCAAGGGCCGGAGGAGGACCGAGACCACAUCUACCACCCCAGGGAGGCCUCCUAGGGGCCCUGACCCUCCCCAGCUAGAAAAAUAAAGCUUGCAGAGGCCA